UCUCUCUCUCUCUCGCUCUCGCCCUUAUGUACGGUUAGGAGGCUAGUGCUGGAAUCGGAAACAAUUACUGGGUGUGACUGUGCUCUGCGUUGUAAGCUUGUAAGCAUCUCUGUGUGAGGUGGUGAGCCAUCUCUGCAUAACAACAGCGAACCAUGUUGCAGGGGAGGCGAGCGCUUGUUAUCGGCGUGGCUAACGCGCGUUCUAUAGCCUGGGGAAUUGCGGAUCGUUGGAGGCAAGAAGGGGCAGAGGUCUUCGUCACCUAUCAGAGUGAGCGGUUUCGCAAGCCCGUGGAGAAGCUCGUGGCAGACAACUGGGGGCCUUUCGACACAGCAGGCAAUGCCAUUCCCACAGCGGCGUGCGACGUGACCAGCGAAGAGGACAUGGCGGCGCUUUGGCGAACGCUUCACGAGAGGGGUUUCUGCUGCAGCAGCCCCUCCUCGCCCCUGGAGGAGGGGGGCGGGCGUUCCAAAGCGGCGGGCGAGGGAACCGAGCGGGCCCCACGGGCAGCGCCAGAAGCGAGGAGGCGGGGAGGGGGCGGUGUCGGAGCAUCGCAAGCAUCGGCAGCGAAGACUGGAGCGGCAGAGCAAGCUCCGGGAGGGUCUGCUACUAGCAGCUGCAGCAGCGGGAGGGCCGAGGGGGAGGGGCAGGGCGGUGGCCUGAGGUUACAGCGGCAAGGGUUGCCGGUAGGGGGCGGGGUUGCGGCGCCGACGAAAACCGUCGAUAUCGUUCUUCACUCCGUCGCUCAUGCCCCUACGGACGCCAUGCGGCAAGGGUUUCUCAUGGGAACCACGCGAGAGGCAUUCGUAUCCGCCCACGUAGUCUCCGCGUACAGCCUGGUGUCCUCGGUUCGACACGCGCUGCCUUUUCUCUCCCCAGGCGCCAGCGUGGUCGCUCUGACUUACAUCGGUUCACAGAGGGCGGCCGCAAAUUACAACGUGAUGGGACCUGCCAAGGCCUCUCUGGAGAGCUGCGCGCGCGCCCUCGCCGCCGAGCUAGGGGGGGACUCGAACAGCCAAGGGCCCGGGGGGGUGCGAGUCAACUGCCUCAGUCCCGGCCCGGUGCGGACCAUGGCGGCCCGCGGGAUCGUGGGUUUCGACGAGAUGAGGCGGGAGGCCGCCGGGAGAGCGCCGCUGGGACGGGCCGCGGAUCUCGACGAGAUCGCGGCGGCGGCGACUUUUCUGGCCUCGCCCCUGUCGUCGGCGGUGACGGGGCAGACUCUCUACGCGGACUGCGGGUUCAGCGCGAUCGUGUAGUAGCGCGCGGCGCGGGAUAUCUGUGUGCGACGCUCGAGGGGCACCGACGGUGUAUCUUUCUGCUCAUUUUUUUCGAGCGGAGGGUGGGGGGCGCUCGUGUACACGCAUGCCGUCCAGUGACCUCGCAUGUAGGAACGGAGGGGGGUACUUUCUCGGUCGCAAAGUGCGUCGCUUCCUACCUUCGGACACGCGGCGCCCGAAACAGAGAAUUCGUCGUUGUCACAUUUUGUCGAAGCCGAGAAAUAGGCAUGCAGAUGUUGCUAUCCAAAGAAAGUCGCGUCCGCUGCGCCAAAAUGUACUAGAGAGCCCAUUCUACUUUUUUGCCAUUUGACUUUUGAAGCGUGAUAAUCUCAAGAUCGUUUGUCCACACUGCGCGUGUUGGACCGGUGAGAUAUGACCUGGCGUGG